AUGCUCACAAACAUUCGCCAUGCCUGGUCCGCUUUCACGAGGAACCGCAAGGUCUCUUCAGUGUCCUUGAAUGUGGGCUAUGAUGCGUUGAUCUGUCCUUCUCGACUAUUCUCCCCUAUCGCUGGGCGGGCAUUGGGGGCCCGUGUGGCCUCAGCUGCCAUGAACUAUGCACUUCUGGUGAUGUUUUCACGCGGUGCUCUUGGAGAUAGAACGGCCACAGAGCUUGGAGUUUGCCUGUUACAGUUGCCACUGCUGCAGCAACUUGUCUCGUUUAUUGCUCGUGAGGGGACAACUCGAGCAGCAGCCCGCUGCGUGUCGUCGGCUGCACAGAAUGAGCAGCAGCAAGCUACCUCCCAGAGGCAAGAGCGGAGCGCAUUCAACUUGUCGUACCUUGCAUUCUUUGCGUGCUUCUGCGUUUCGCUGUUGUUGUUUCCGAUGUGGCUGUACCUGCUCCCACCGGGGCAUGGCAAUUCCCAUUCAGGAGGGCCAGAUGCCGGACACGCCUACAGCCUUGCCGCUGCGGCGUUUGCCGCAGCCGGCUUGGUGGAUGCAGCGGCAGAAGUUCUUUCCCUGCGGUGUUUAAUGCUUCAUUCACCGGGCUCACGCAGCUUAGCAGAAGCACUCUCAGGAGCAGCACGCUCGGUGCUUUUGGCAGCGGCGUUGCUAUUGCAGCAGAGAGCACGAGGUGCUGGAGUAACAUUAGCAGGAAGCGUGGUUAUGCACCCAGUUGUGGCAUUUGGGGGAAGCCAUUUGUGUGCAUCCCUAAUAUUUCUGCAGUUGCUGUGGCUGCAGUGUCACCGGCUACUUGCAUUCAAGACUGCCGCACAACGGUUGUCAAAUGCAGCAGAAGCAACAGCAGAAGCUAAUUUAGUAGAGACCCCGCGCCUGUUUGUAGCAUGGCCUGCAUUCCUGCCUCUCAGCAAAGGUUUACGUUCAUUCACAACGCCCACCCGCGGGUCCAGCGAGACGGCUGGGAGGGGAUUACCUACCUCCGCCACACCAUCAGCGAGCGUAGGAGGAGCAGCCUUGACAAAGGAACCUGCCAGUACUGCUCUUCAGUGGGCACUGGGGAGGUAUCUAUCGGCGGAGCACUUGGAGCUGCUUCCUACCUAUCUGGUGCUUUUGGCACAGAAAAUGCUACUGCAGCAGGGGGAGCAGUUGCUACUGUUGUUGCUGCUGGAUAGUGAAGCAGCUGCUGAGUAUGCUGUGACGUCUGGGGCAGCUUCAGUCCUCUGUCGCAUCAUCUUUUCACAAGUCGAAUCAGCGGCGUUCGACGGAUUCUGCGCCAUGCAAAAACGGCCUUCUGCUGGUUUUGCUGCUACUACUACUACGGAUGCUGCAGCCGGUUGGGCUGAAUUCGACACGCAAAUGACAACUGCUGUUGCAUGGAAGCAGAAAUGUAAGUCUGCAUGGGUGGAAACAUCUGCGGAACAACAGUUGCAGCUAUGCGGGGGCGUCUUCAAUCCUGAGGCCAUAAUACCUGAUCAACAACUGCGCUUUGAGCUUCAUGGCAGCAAUUCCGAUACGGAUGGGGACGUUGGGAGAAUCAACUGCAGCAAGACUGCCAUUACGGGUGUACUGGGCUCUCGGUUUAUGGCGAUCCUGCAACGCUUGCUAGGUCGUCGUAAGAUUCAAGCAGACGCAGUGCUGAGCCCGUCGCAUCCACCAGCGCUGGCGCUGCUGCAGCUUCUGCUGCUGCUACAGGGGACCGUAGGCCUGGCUGCUGCAGCAGGUGGAUGCCUGUUUGCUGCUCCAGCGUUGCGGUGCUUCUUUGGUCCAUCAACAGUGGCUCCAGGGAGUGGCUUUGUCCAGACUCUGCAGGUCUAUUGCUGUUACGUCUGCUGCCUUUCCAUCUUCGGACUUCUGGAUGCCUAUGCUUCAGCGAGUUGCAGCAGCGACAGCUUAAGGCUGCUAAAGCGAUGCUACUUGGCUGUCACUGUAGUGUAUCUGGCGUUGUUGUUGCCUCUGUCAAUCCGCUUCUCCGCCGCCGUUGGGAUACCGGCGGGGGCAGGAGCUGCGGCAGCUCAGGUUGCAGCGGCGGUGCUUCGCAUCGGCUGCUGCUGUUUUUCCAUUUCAAAAGACUUGGGUCAGGCGUCAGGCUUUGCACGGAAGCUGAAAGUACACGGAUAUUGGACUGCACCACACCAGCCGGUUUCACAAGGAAGCAGUGACUGCAGCCGCCGAACGAGAGCCAAAAGCAACAGCGUCACCACAACUUGCAGUAUCUUGGGAAAGCCGCCAUGCAAGGCUGUGGGGGUAUUGCAAAUUGGAGAUGCGACAAGACAUUGGAACGCUGAGGUGCUGCCAGUAUUGUGGACAAUCUUGCCUCCCGGUGCAAGGGCGCUGGUGUUGAGAUACUCAUGUUGCUUUGUAGCUGCUGCCGCUGCCCGGAGCAUCCUGCGGCAAGCCAGCUUCGACUGUGGAGAGGGCACAGCUGCAACAACAGGCUACGACUUGCAGCAAGUGAUGGUAGGAGGCCGGGCGGUCCCACUGUGGGUAGCCGAGAUGUCAUUGGCCAUUAUUGCCUGCGCUGCGUCAGUUGCUGCUGCUGGACCCCUGCUGAUGCAACAGGCGCGAGACGCGUACAAGUCGGUGGCAGUUGCGACGAAUCCAGCCCCCGACAGUUGGCAGCCUGCUUAA